AUGGAAACGUUGCCACAUUGGCAACAAUUGAAGCCGCCUUCACAGAAGACAGUACCCGUCCAGCCUGGUCCCCGGAGGUCGAGAGCACAGAGGAGACGCAGCCAGCCCGUGGAUCCCAUUGAGCUGUCGCGUCGUCUUCAUGUCGUCUUUGUCCAGCAACAGAGGACAGAGGCGCUCGCCGCAGCUGGCGCCAUGAAUUCGGACAAUCUUGUCAGCAUCAGGACGAUCACUGACACCUUCGACCGAUUGCCGUCAACAGAAACGGCACAAAUCGAGCUGGUCGCCAAGAUGCGAAUUUUGCACAUGUCACAGUUGAGCGCUCCUGAGCCCAUCUCAUCCCAGCCAUCUGUAGCUCGCCACAUAUGCGAGCCUUCUUCUUCCAAAUCUGCGGUCGCUGCUAACACAGAUCCGGCCCCCCUUGGCCUCUCACAGCCGUACGUGCCCCAACAAGCAGCUCAGCAGUUUGUUACAACAACGACAGUCUCUGGCCCAUGGCGAUCUACCUCAUUGCACCGGCAGCGAAGCCAUACCGUACCGCAUCGAGAGAACAACACGGUGUCAUCAGUACCAGCAUUGUCUGGUAAAGAUGCUUUCUCCGAAGAAUCAGAUCCCCAGGGCCAGCUUCCAUUCGCCACCCAGCACGCUUUUAAAGAUUCUCUCAUUUUCCCCAAGGGCAGCGAUAAGGGCAACAAGCACAAUAGGAAAGUCUUGGAAUGGGUCAACAGCACGACAGCCGUGUCUCCAGAGAUGAGUAAGAUCAACAGCAGAGACCAGAAAGGACCCUCAAUCAUGUCGCCAGAACAGGAGUCUUCAAAUCGAGCAAAGACAGAAGGUGACAUGGAGCAAAAGAUCGAUUGGUCGAUCGUACCAAUGCCUGUGGAUCCGCAGAUUGCGAACGAGCACCGUGUUGAUUGGACCCAGCGAGACGCGGCUGCGUCGCAGCCACAUUAUCAGCAGCCACAAGAGGCCGAACCCGCGAGCGUGCGACAAAGCAAGUCGAUAUGGUCGAUUAGACACCGCCUGGAAAACUAUUCCAAGGAGAGGCAUCAAACGAAUCCAGCUCUUGGAGAAGGCUUCAAGAUCUCCACAGGCGCGCCACCUGCACAGCAGUCGAGCUCAGUGCUACCGCCAUCUUCGUUUUCGACUUCGUCCAGGGUCAAGACCUCUCCAAAGUCCCUGAAGUCUCCGAAGAGUGCAAUAUUUUCCCUGUUCAAGCAUUCGAAUCAGCAAGAGCAGGGGGAGAGACGGGCGGAAUAUAUCUAA